AUGAAUUCACUUCGACGGGUAGUAGUCACUGGUUUAGGCCUUGUGACCCCUUUAGCAACAGGAGUUCAAAAAACUUGGCAAGAACUAAUAAAUGGUAACUGUGGAAUAAUAUCUUUGGUACCUCACGAAGGAACGGAAAAAAAGGAGGAUACGACAAUAUUGCCAGUAUAUAGUGGGUUUGAGGGGUUGCCGUCAACUGUGGCGGGAGUUGUCAAACGUGGAAAAGCAAAAGAAGGAGGAUUUGAUCCAGAAGAAUGGUUGGAUCGAGGGGAUGAACGCAAGAUGGCACUAUUUACACAGUUUGCUAUUGCGUCUGCUAAACAAGCAUUAGCGGAUGCACAGUGGGCCGCAGAUACAGAUUAUGGGAAAGAGCGAACCGGCGUGUGUAUAGGGUCAGGAGUUGGAAGUUUGGAAGAUGUGGUUUCAACAACACUAAUAUUUGAGCGUCAGGGUUACCGUAAAAUUUCGCCAUUCUUUGUCCCAAGGAUGUUAAUUAAUAUGGCUGCCGGGCAUUUAACGAUGAAAUAUGGAUUUCGCGGUCCAAAUCAUGCAGUCGCAACUGCAUGUACAACAGGAGCACAUGCAAUAGGCGACGCGUCAAGAUUCAUUCAAUUUGGUGAUGCAGAUGUGAUGGUUGCUGGAGGCUCUGAAUCUUGUAUACAUCCUUUAUCUAUUGCUGGGUUUGCAAAGGCUAAAUCUUUAGUGACAAAAAUGAAUGACCGCCCUAAAGAAUCGUCACGUCCUUUUGACCGAGAACGUGAAGGAUUUGUAAUGGGCGAAGGUGCUGGUAUUCUUGUCCUUGAGGAACUAGAGCAUGCAAAAAAACGCGGUGCACGAAUUUACGCUGAACUUUGUGGUUAUGGUUUAUCAGGUGACGCUCAUCACAUGACAGCACCACCUGAAGAUGGAAGCGGAGCCGCACUUGCCAUGAAAAGGGCUUUACAUCACGCUAAAUCCGAAAAUGAAAUUGACUACAUUAAUGCGCAUGCCACUUCCACGAUAUUGGGAGAUAUUGCAGAAAAUCGCGCGAUAGCAAAUGUAUUUCCUAAUAGGGUGAUCGAUAAAGGUAACAUGUCGAAUGUCUUGGCAGUCUCAUCUACCAAAGGGGCUAUUGGACAUUUGUUGGGUGCAGCUGGGGCAGUCGAAGCCAUUUUUACUGUAUUGGCGGUAUACGAGAAUAUCAUCCCGCCUACAUUGAAUCUUCAAAAACCCGAUACCGAAUUCCGUCAAUUCAAUUAUGUCCCAUUGACAGCUCAACAGAAAGUUGUGCGUGCUGCGUUGACCAAUAGUUUUGGUUUUGGUGGGGUAAAUGCUUCAUUAUGUUUUCGAAAGUUUGAAGGAUAA